AACUCGGCGCGAGUCAUCCUUAUAGAAUCACCUCUCCGCCUCCAAGCGCCAGUCGCCGCCUCUCCCCACUCCCUCUCGUCGCCGUCCUCUCCCGUUCGCAACGCCACGCUCCCCACCGCCGAAAUGGCCCCGAAGCGAGGUGGCAGGGCACCGGUGCCGGCCAAGAAGAAGACGGAUAAAGUGACGAACCCUCUGUUCGAGAAAAGGCCGAAGCAGUUCGGCAUCGGCGGCGCGUUGCCUCCCAAGAAGGACCUGCACCGAUUCGUCAAGUGGCCCAAGGUCGUGCGCAUCCAGCGCCAGCGUCGCAUCCUCAAGCAGCGCCUCAAGGUGCCUCCGGCGCUCAACCAGUUCACCCGCACCCUCGACAAGAACCUCGCUACCAACCUGUUCAAGAUGCUUCUUAAGUACCGGCCCGAAGACAAGGCUGCCAAGAAGGAGAGGCUUCUGAAGAGGGCCCAGGCUGAGAAUGAAGGAAAAACUGUUGAAUCCAAGAAACCAAUUGUUGUGAAGUAUGGCCUUAACCAUGUGACUUACCUCAUUGAGCAGAACAAGGCUCAGCUCGUUGUCAUCGCUCAUGAUGUGGAUCCGAUUGAACUGGUUGUUUGGCUUCCAGCCCUGUGCAGGAAGAUGGAGGUCCCAUACUGCAUUGUUAAAGGAAAGGCUCGCCUUGGAUCGAUCGUUCACAAGAAGACUGCAUCAGUCUUGUGUCUGACCACUGUCAAGAACGAGGACAAGCUUGAGUUCAGCAAGAUCUUGGAGGCUAUUAAGGCGAACUUCAAUGACAAGUUUGAUGAAGUCAGGAAGAAGUGGGGAGGUGGCAUCAUGGGCUCCAAGUCGCAGGCCAAGACCAAGGCCAGGGAAAAGUUGCUGGCCAAGGAGGCCGCCCAGCGGAUGACGUAGAUUAUCCACUGUUGAGUUUGCCCCUGUAGUUUGACGUGGAAGAACCGAUGAGCAUUGUGCACUCGUAUUGUGUUUUUUUGAAUCUACUUUCAUAUGUUUCUGUCCAUCAGACCGUGUUUAGAAACUUUGGAAGACAGUUCUACAGUGUUUGUGCAAUGUCUUAUAUCGAA